CGCAGGAGCCCGGCCCGGGCCCCCGCCGCGCGCGCCCUCGGAAGCCCCGGGGGGUCGGAGCGGGAGCCGGCCGCGACAGUCUCCGCGCACCGCGGGCGGGCCGAGGGCUGGUUGGAGGGGGGCCCCGGAGAGCCGAUUCGGGAUUUGUGGUGAACAGCAUGGAGGAGCAUGACCCCAAGCCCAGCGAGGCGGCGGCGGCGGCGGCGGCGGCGGCGGCGGAGGGGCAGGGGCAGCGGCAGCCGGAAUCCAGCCCCAGCGGCGGCUCGGGAGGCGGCGGCAGCCCGGGCGACGCGGACACCGGCCGCCGGCGGGCUCUGAUGCUGCCCGCGGCCCUGCAGGCGCCGGGCAACCACCAGCACCCGCACCGCAUCACCAACUUCUUCAUCGACAACAUCUUGCGGCCCGAGUUCGGCCGGAGGAAGGACGCGGGGACGUGCUGUGCCGGCGCGGGAGGAGGAAGAGGCGGCGGCGCCGGCGGGGAAGGCGGCGCGGGCGGCGCGGAAGGAGGCGGCGGCGCGGGCGGCGCCGAGCGGCUCCCGGGGUCGGGCCGAGAGGCCCGGCUGAGCGCGCCCGGGGCGCCCGGGGCGGGCGGGCCGCUGCCCGGCGGCGGCGGCGACUCUCCGGGCGACGGCGAAGGCGGCUCCAAGGCGCUCUCGCUGCACGGCGGCGCCAAGAAAGGCGGCGACGCCGGGGGCCCCCUGGACGGGGCGCUCAAGGCCCGCGCCCUGGGCGGCGGCGGAGACCUGUCGGUGAGCUCGGACUCGGACAGCUCGCAGGCCGGCGCCAACCUGGGCGCGCAGCCCAUGCUCUGGCCGGCCUGGGUCUACUGCACGCGCUACUCGGACCGGCCUUCUUCAGGUCCCAGAUCUCGCAAACCAAAGAAGAAGAACCCCAACAAAGAGGACAAGCGGCCCCGCACCGCCUUCACGGCGGAGCAGCUGCAGAGGCUCAAGGCGGAGUUCCAGACCAACAGGUACCUGACCGAGCAGCGGCGCCAGAGCCUGGCGCAGGAGCUCAGCCUCAACGAGUCACAGAUCAAGAUCUGGUUCCAGAACAAGCGCGCCAAGAUCAAGAAGGCUACAGGCAACAAGAACACGCUGGCCGUCCACCUCAUGGCACAGGGCCUGUACAACCACUCAACGACCGCCAAGGAGGGCAAGUCGGACAGCGAGUAGGGCGGGCGGGCCCCGGAGUCUGGUCUCAGUCCGCGCUCAACAAUGCAAUAAUUUAAAAUCAUCAAGGGCCAGUGUAUAAAGAUUAUACCAGCAUUCAUAGUGAAGAUAUCGUGUAUUAGCUAUGGUUCUGCAAUAUUCUAUGUAUAUAUAAUUUACAGGUGGUGUAAAAUCCAAAAUAUCUGACUAUAAAGUAUUUUUUGAGUUUUUCUGUGUUUAUGAGAUUAUGCUAAUUUUAUGAUUUUUAUGUUUUGUUUGCGAAGGGGGCUGCUUAGGGUUUCAUCUUUUCUAAUCCCCUAGGCUCCGUUGUGGGACAUGGGACACUUUUAUUUUUUAAUUUCAAAAGAAGAAAAAAAUUAAAACAACUUGCUGAAGUCCAAAGAUUUUUAUUGCUGCAUUUCACACGACUGUGAACCGAAUAAAUAGCUCCUACUUGGUCUCUGAGUUCUGCCACUUCGUUUGUGUGGGCUCAGUGAGGACAGCAGGAGGGUCUGCGCCCCCAGCCCUGGCCCCGGCCCAAGUGGGGAGGGCAGGGGCCCUGGCUGGGCCAGGUGACCUUUGGGGUCCUGGGAGGAGUGUGCGGCCUGGGCCUGGCUGUGGUCAGGAGCGCACCCCCUGGGGAACCCUGGGUCCAUAGUGCUGGGCCACCCAGGCCCCCAGCCUCACCCGGCUCCCCUCCUCCUGCCUUCUCUCUGGGUGCUCCUCCUCCUCCUCCUCCUCCUCCUCCUCCUCCUCUCUUCCUUCUCACCAAGGCCUGGCCAGCACCUCCCAGCACCUCUCUGUGUGCUUCUGUUCUGUCUGUCGUGUCUGUCGCUGUCCCCUACCAAGCCGCCUGCCGCCAGAGCCAGCCCUCUGGCCUCCAGGCCCCACUUCAGGGAUCCCAGGCCAGUGGGCCCAGCCUGUGGCGGAGACCAGCAGUGGUAGAGCUGCCCCUCAGCCCUCCGAGCCCCGGGAAUCUCCUGCGGCCCCACUGGCUCACCAAGGCACUUGCAUGGGCCCCAGAGGUGGCUGAGGUCUGCUGCCUCUGGACAGGCAGAGAGCUCCCGAGAGGGACCUGCUCUUUUCUUCCUUUUUUUUUUCUUCCCUUCCUUUUUUUUAAAAUUUUUUAAAAUUUUUUUUUAGUGGCUGCCUCAUGUUUUGGAGAGCAUUCUUUCAAGUUAAAUAUGUGUGUGUGUGCAUAAUCUAUGUACUGCGUGUACGCACACACGAGCAAAUGUGUAUGAGUCCAUAGUUCUGGAACAUGUGGCUACCUUGAUUUUUAAUGGAACUCAGAAUCCUCCAGGAUUGAAAGGAAGGAAGAAAAUAUGUAAAUAAUCAUUUCUUAUCACUUUUUGUCUUUUCUUGUUUUUUUAAUAUACAUUUUAUUUUUGAAGGUGUGGUACAGUGUAAAUUAAAUAUAUUCAAUAUAUCCCCACCAAGUACAUAUAUAUAAACAAACACAUUAUCUAUAUAUAUAACUCUGCACUGUCUCCUGUCUAGUGUAUGGAAAAAGAAUCGUGUCCAAAUGUCCAUCCGCAGCCAGGACAGCCCAGGGGGUGUGCCCAUGGCUGAGCCAGACCCACGCUGAACCCCUGAGGGCUGAGGUUGAACUUCUCUCUUUGCCUUAAACCUCUUUAUUUCACUGCGAUAAUAGUCUCACUUUGUACAUACUAGUGCAAACCUUUUUAAAAAGGAAACUAUAAAAAGAAAAGUUGUAAUUUAAAAAUUCUGUGAAUAACCAUCUGCUGCUUAGGAAACUCAAUGAAAUGAUAUGCCUUUUUAGCAGGAAGCAAAGUUUUUUGGUUUUUAUUUUUUUAUUUUUAUUUUUUAGUUUAUGAAACGUGCAUUUUACAGUCCCAGUAUCAAAUAUUUAUAAUCUUAUGAGAAAUGAAUGUUUCUAUUUACAACUGUGGUUAUCAGCAUUGUGAACAUUCCCCUUGCAUUUUUUUGUGUGUUUAAAUUCUUGAAAGUUACAUUAAAUAAAAAAAAAUCGCUUUAUUGUAAAAUA